CCCUUCUAAGGUUCAGCGGCAACGGGUUAUUGCAUUUUGACAGAAAAAACAAUGUGUAAGAAAUUGAAGGAAGCUUUGUUUUAGUUUCUCUAAUUUAGUGUGUCUGAGUGGCCUGAUGUUACGUGGAGCGCAUCCACUCCUUCUUUAAUUUUCUUUUCUGGUUGGUGAAAUGGGGAAACAUAUACUUCUCUUUCAGAACAGAAGCCUUCAAUAAAUAACAAAGUCAAUGCGUACUUGUGUAUUAAUCUAACUUCUGAAAUCGUAUGAAUGAGUUCAAGUAUUGCAUCUUGAACUGUAUAAUCUUGAUAAUUUGUUGAAGGGGAGAUAAGAUCAUGUCUAUGAUCUAUGACAACUGGGAGAGGCUAGUAGCAGCCGUGCUAAAGAGAGAGGAGAUUAGGCAACUAUGCCUUCAGCCAUCGAGAAGCCCCAGCAUCUGUUCUGAAUCUUCGGAUUGCAGUGCCAGUUUCCAGUCGAGAGAUGUGCGGUUACGGAAGAGAGUGGCUUCUGUUGGGAAGCCAGUUCCCAAGGUAGUUUUCGUUGGGGGAUCUAGUCCAGAUUUUCGCCUAAAAGAUAUUGUGAAGUUCUGCCAUGAGCUGGGCAAUGGAACAUUUUGGACUUCGUUCCUCGGUGAAUUAUUGCAGGAUGUGGAAGUCUCAGACCAAGAACUUCUGGUUAGUGGAACUGAAGUGGUAAUCAAGCUAUGGAAGAAAGUGAAAUUGCCAGAAGAAGAAUUCAAGCAGCAGAUGAAGAUUUUUGGAAAUUGUAGGCAUGAAAAUGUGGCUGCACCAUUGGCAUACUACUUCUCGGAAAAGGCUAAUGGAAAGCUCAUCGUCUAUGAUUACCAUAGCCAAGGAAGUGUGUCCGACAUGUUACUCGGGAAAUCGCCUACACCCAACUGGGAAACUCGUCUAAGAAUUGCAAUUGGUGCAGCACGGGGCAUUGCUCAUGUCCACGCACAGUCUGGUGGGAAACUAGCCCACGGAAACAUAAAGGCAUCUAAUAUUUUUCUCAACUCUCAACAGUAUGGCUGUGUGUCUGAUUUUAGUUUGACAGGGAUCAUGGCUAAGCCACGACGAGGCAAUCCAUGGUAUCAUACCCCGCCAUACGGUCCCGCGAGUAUAUCCCAGGAAAUUGAUGUGUAUAACUUUGGAAAUUUAUUGCUUGAACUUCUUACUGGUAAGUCAUCCAUGGAGGCGCAUGGUUUUGAGGAUGAUAUGGACCUGGAAACAUGGGUUCGUUCCAUCAAAUCCCAGGAUUGGACUUCUGAGUUGUUUGAUCAAUGUCUCAGAAGACCAAUCAGGAAUGAAAAGGAUAUGAUAGAGAUGGUGAAAACAGAGAUUCCAGGCGUUGAUUUAGAGGUCCAGGAUUCAGUCACAGAUUGGGAGGCACUGAGAGCAAUUCUUCGCUCGCAUUUUCGCUCGAUGGCCCGUGUUCCAGCUGGCUACUUCACAGCUCAGGACUUGGCGGAGAUGAUAGAAAUGAAGCGUGUUGCAAUGAGGUGCUUGAGAGAUAGGCCUAAGAUGACUGAAGUAGUUUUGAUGCUAGAGAAUAUCAAAGCAAGUCUGAGUAAUAGGAAACCAGAACAUGACCGAUAAGAAUUCAAUAUUAGUGAGAGACCUUUGAUUUGGAUGUGUGUUUUGACUAAAAUAAUGUUAUGAAUUGUUUCCAUUUCGAAAUAUGAAAUA